AUGAGUAAGGCGAAUGAUGCUCCCGAAGAACAAGUAAAGGUGAGAUGUUUAAUUCUUGAUGCAGGUCCCCUUAUUACACAGACAGCGUCUACCUUACAACAGUAUGCGAGGAUGUGCUAUACUACUCCUGGAGUACGAAAUGAAUUGAAGGACGAGUAUGCAAGACAACAGCUUUUGCUUUGGGGUGAUGAGCUUCAAGUCAGGCAACCUAAACCUGAUUCCAUUCGCCAAGUAUCACGGUUUGCUAAAUUAACUGGAGAUUACGCCGUAUUAUCUGCGAAUGAUUUGCAUAUUAUCGCUCUCGCUUAUGAGUUAGAAUGUGAACUUAAUAACGGUGAUUGGAGAUUGAGGAAGCAUCCGGGUGAGGAACUACACCAUGACAGUAAAAAAAACACUAAAUCCGAAGAAGAUUCGAUAGAAAAGCCAAGCGAUAAAUCCACAAUAAUUUCCGAUGAACUGGCGAAUGUUCAGACAAAGAAACCGCGUCGGAGAGGUGGUAAGAAACAGAGAGAAAAAAGGCAGAUACAGGCAGAAAGCAAAGAACGCCUGGAGAAAAAUGGACCAGAAGUUGGCUCAUACACACAAGAGGACCUUCUGCAUGACCAGCUCAAUGAAGAGAGAGCAGCCGAUGAAGAAUUUAGGGAAGAAUAUGAAGAAUAUGAAGAUGACGGUGAGUGGAUAACGCCUGACAAUUUCCAAGAGCAGGUGCUAAAAGACAAAAAUGAAAAUAUUCAAGAAACUUCAACAUCAAGGAACUCAAAUACAAUUAUUAAAGUGGCAUUUGCCACGGGUGAUUUUGCAUGUCAAAAUGUUUCGAUGCAGAUCGGUCUCAAUUUGAUGAACGAGGCCUCUGGUAAGCAAAUUAAGAGAAUUAGAAAUUAUAUGUAUCGUUGCCACGCUUGCUUCAGGCUAACUCCAAUGCCGAAGGAUGGUAGACCAAAGCAUUUUUGUCCAAACUGUGGAGGAAAUACUUUGCUUAGAUGUGCUGUUUCAGUCGACAACAAAAGUGGUAAAAUCACUCCUCACUUAAAAGCAAAUUUCCAGUGGAUAAAGAGAGGUGAAAAGUAUUCCUUACCCUCCCCUUUAAGUCAUAACCAACAGAAGAUACUUGGUCAUCGUGGCCAUCAACAUAAUAAGCAAAAUCGUCACAGUUCUUUACAAGAACCAUUGAUAUUGAGAGAAGAUCAAAAGGAAUAUCAGCAGGCCAUCAAAAAUGACGAAUGGCAAAGAAGACAGAAUGAAAAGAUGCUUGAAGAAUGGGUUGGGGGAGGAAGUGCUGAUAAUUAUGUAUCUCCAUUUAAUACCUUGCCUAGCAACAGGGCCUCUGGUGUAAAAGUUGGAAGAUCAAGAUAUGUAAACUCAUCACGUGGGAAGAGAAAGUAG